UGCGGCAGGCCUGUUCAUUUGCUGGUAAGAUUGGGAGUGGGUCAUUGUCUGCUUGCUGCAGUCCUUUCCAUUAAACUUCAGUUUUAUUUUGUUUUAGUCUGUUGCAAGUGUUUCAUAGUUAUUUGUAAAGAUGUUCGAGGCUCGCUUGGUACAGGGUAGCAUCCUGAAGAAGGUGCUAGAGGCCCUGAAGGAUCUGAUCACCGAAGCUUGUUGGGACAUCAGCUCGACCGGCAUCAGCCUGCAGUCCAUGGACAGUUCGCACGUCUCCCUGGUUCAGCUCACCCUUCGCAGCGACGGGUUCGACACAUACCGUUGCGACAGAAAUCUAUCCAUGGGGGUAAAUCUCAGCAGCAUGUCCAAAAUUCUUAAAUGUGCUGGCAAUGAGGAUAUCAUCACACUGAGAGCAGAGGACAACGCAGACACACUGGCGCUGGUGUUCGAAUCACAGAAUCAGGAGAAGGUGUCUGAUUAUGAGAUGAAGCUGAUGGACUUGGAUGUUGAGCAGCUUGGAAUUCCAGAGCAGGAGUACAGCUGUGUGGUGAAAAUGCCAUCCGGUGAAUUUGCCCGGAUCUGCCGGGACCUGAGUCAGAUUGGUGAUGCCGUUGUGAUCUCCUGCGCCAAGGAUGGUGUGAAGUUCUCCGCCAGUGGUGAACUGGGUACGGGCAACGUUAAGCUGUCACAGACCAGCAACGUGGAUAAAGAGGAGGAGGCGGUGACCAUUGAGAUGAACGAGCCUGUGCAACUGACUUUUGCCCUACGGUAUCUGAACUUCUUCACAAAAGCGACUCCCCUCUCGCCGACAGUCACACUCAGCAUGUCAGCGGACAUUCCUCUAGUGGUGGAGUACAAGAUUGCAGACAUGGGGCACAUCAAGUAUUACUUGGCACCCAAGAUUGAAGAUGAAGAGGCUUCCUAAAAUAAGGAAUUUAGAUGAUGAAGAUUGACCAUCGGAGGGGCAAACUUGUCAUGCAGUUAUUGGAGACAACUAAAGAUUCUAGGACCAAGUUCAGUGGCCUUGUUUUGGUGACCUACUUGUCCUUUACAGAUGUUGUGUUGCUAUCCUGAGGCUUUUGUAGAUAUUUUCUGUAAAUAUGGUAUCCAGCAUUUCACUUUGUUAUAAAGGAGCUUCAAUGAAACAGAUAAAUAAAUUGUUUCUGUG